GAAAGCCGCUGCUAAGCGGUCGCCAUUAUUCUUCCUGGCUUGACGCUCAAGCUAAAGACGGUUUAUUACUUUAAAAACGUUACAUUUCGAUUUAAACUGUUACAGUCUGUCUGGUGCUGUCGGUUGACCGUCUCUUGAAGUGGUGACGCAUCCUGAGCACAGUAUGGAAAAACGCUCUCAUACUACAAGUGCCCUUCCCUUGGCCUCCCUUCGCCUUAUGGCAUCUCCUCUGCAGCUGACAUAUUCGUACAUCUGGCAGGUCGUACGGCAGAAAAACGUUAAGCAGUAUGGGAAAGUGGAGGAGUUUGUGACCAUGGUGGUACAGACUGUUCCUGACCUCAUGAGUUUCAAACAGACUGCCCAGCUGAUCUUGGGGCUGAGAGCAAGGAUCAUUUUGGAUUUGCUUCGUAAAGACGGUCCACCGGAUUCUAAGGCGAUACAGACUCUUAUAAAUAAAUUAAAGGUCUCCACAUUAUCAGGGAAGGAUGCAGAAGUGGAGAAAUCGCAAACAAAUUUCAUGGUACUGGUCCAGAAUCUGCUUAAAAACCCUACUGAGAGGAAGCGCUUCUUCAGGGAAGUGUUCCCUGUUCAGUAUGGCACAAAGUUUGACACAGCACUGCAGACUCUGAUUGCAGGCUUAGUGUGCAAGCUGGAGCAACUUCUUCCUAUGCCCAAUUUGUCCCAGCUUGGUGCCAUGAUUUCAACGGAGCCCAGUGUUCUGGAGGCAUGUGGAGGCUUUAUCCCUGAUCCAGUGGAUCUGAAGACACUCCUUCUACACCAGCAGGCCAAAGGACUCCUUGGUGUUAAAGCCACUAUCUCGUCUUCAGUGGGCGACUGUGUCCUCUCUUCACUUGCCUUCCGGCCCAAACCUGUUGAUCCACCACCAGAAUCUCCAAAAACAGUAGAGGUCACAGCUAAAGAAACAAACCAAACUUCCGUCAGUGACACCGAAGACGUGGCUGUAAUUUCAGAUGACCCUGACAGCCCAGCAGUCAACAUUUACAGUCCUCCGCGCAGGGGGCGGUAUGAUUUUAAAACACUUUAUAGCUCUGCAUCAAAGGAAAGGAGUGUCACAACAGCAGCUCAAAAGGAGAAUUUGGUGCAGAAAGAGAGUUCUGCACAAGAACAGCCUGCUCCAACUCCGCAGAGCAAAGAGAAUAAUGCACCCCAACCGCCACCAUCAGAAGCAGAGAAACCAGCACCACAGCCACUGCCUUUGAAAUCAAUCCCUUUCAGGGUAGUUACGGUGCCGUGCAAAACUGCUCCCACUUUACCAAAUGCAGAUGGUGCGGGAACAAAAGAUGGCCAGAAGCCCCAGACUCAGCGUGUCACUUUGCAUCAGUGGGUGUCACAGAUAGCCUCCAACUCUCUGUCACUCCCUGCCCUGCCACCUCUUCCUCCACCCAGGCUGAGUGCUGGAGAUGACGCAAGGCCAAGCAUAAGAAGAAAAAAGCAAUUUAGGCCUCUGGGCGACAGGUUUACUUGCAGUGUGUGUGAUAAGAGCUUCCCCUAUCAGUCCAAGCUGAUGGACCACGAACGAAUUCAUACAGGAGAGAAGCCUUUCCACUGCUCAGCAUGCAACAAAAGUUUCCGAACACAGGCUUUCCUAAACAACCACCUCAAGACCCACAACGCAUCUCGUCCUUACGCUUGUGGGCAGUGCGGGAAGUGUUUCACAAAACUCCAGAGCCUGACGAAGCACAUUCUCGCCCACAGUGGGCAAAAGCCAUUUUUUUGUAACAUCUGCAACAAGGGUUUCACGCAGUCCACCUACUUCAAAAGACACAUGGAGUGCCACACAAGCCAGAUGACGUUUCCUUGCAAGCACUGCAAUAAAGUUUUUCCUACGGCUUUCAAGCUGUCGAACCACGAGCGCUGGCACACCAGAGAUCGCCCUCACAUGUGUGAGCGCUGCGGGAAGAGAUUCCUCGUCCCCAGCCUGCUGAAGAGACACAUGGGCUACCACAUUGGCGACCGCCAGUAUCUCUGUUCCCAGUGUGGAAAGACCUUUGUCUAUUUGUCUGACCUGAAGAGACACCAGCAGGACCAUGUCCCCAAAGCAAAGAUCCCAUGUCCUGUCUGCCAAAAGAAAUUCUCCAGCAAGUACUGCUUGAGGGUUCACCUGAGGAUCCACACCAGAGAAAGACCCUACCGGUGCACUAUAUGUGAAAAGACCUUCACUCAGGUUGGCAAUCUAAAGGUCCACAUCAGGCUGCACACCAAUGAGCGGCCCUUCAGCUGCGAUGUGUGCGGGAAGACUUACAAGCUGGCAUCCCACCUGAACGUCCACAAAAGGACACAUACGUGCAAGAAGCCCUGGACGUGCGACACAUGCGGGAAGGGAUUCUCUGUCCCCGGACUUCUGAAGAAACACGAACAGCUGCACACGAGAGAAGCCAACCCUGAUUUCUCCGGUAAGCGGAGGCACAGGGGUAAGCAAAAGAAGCUCUCCCACAAGAGGAAGUUUGAUGAGGAAGAGGAGGUCAGCGAUGAUUAUUAACUGAAGAAACGCUGACAUUUCAAUAAAAGUGUUUUAAUGUUGAGGCACUGAGUCAUUAAAGUGAUGUUAGGAAUCAUUGACUCUACAGACCAGAGUUAUAGCGUGCUAUAAUCAGUGCCUGACUAGCUGGAGCAUCUUAAUGAAGAAUCCACUGUUUAUGUUCUUAAAAUAAGGCAAUGUGACAAAUUAACUUUAGGUGAUGAAGUUAGCCAAAAUGUCGCAUUAUCUGGAAAUUAAGGUAGCCAAGAGCAUUUCUGAUUGUGAAUUAAAAUGUUGUUAAUCAUUUUAUGUAGAAAAAAAAAGUCAUGUUCAUUGAUAAAAAUGUUUUCCCAGCAUCAUGCUAUUGAAGAGGCUAUCUAAAUAUAGCAAACACUUAAGAGAUGAGUAUCAUAUAAACAAAAGUAUUUCAGCGCAUGUGACUGUAGAUAAACUGCUGUGUAAUAAAAUGCUGUAGUGUUGCCACGAAACAUUUUAACUUGUCCUAUUCUUGUGGAAAUUUUAGUAAUUAAAACUACUUCCACCACAUGCUUUUUUUAAAAAAAUGAAACAUGAACUGUAAGCCUUUCAAAUAGUUUUAGUGAUAUAAUUCAUGUAUUUGUGAUUUAAAACUGAUAGUUGUUUUGUGUGUGUGUGUUCACGUAAUAUCAAGAAACAGACGACCUUUAUUUCAUCUGUGCACAACCAUUUAACCUUAUGCAAAUAUGUGAUGAGGUUGUUCUGUGAAUUCCAUUUUUGUUUAUGUAACCCCCAAAGAAAUAUACUUACUCUCAGUAUUUUUUGUGAUGUUUUUCAGUAAAAUAAAUAUUUGU